GUCCAACUCCGCUCUGUCGUCUUCCCAGUCCCUUUCCUCGAUUUUUUUUUUUUUCUGACUCAAUCCAAUGUCCUACAAAUACCUUCUCGGUCGACUGGGUCAUCCGCUUUCAGCAUCCUUUUCUUCUAACUUUAAGCGACCUUUUACCACCAUGAUCAAAGAACGUGUUUGUCUUAUUGGCUCCGGUAACUGGGGUUCUGCUGUUGGCAAGAUUGUCGGUCAGAAUGUGUUGAAGUAUCCCGCCAUUUUUGAAUCCGAAGUACGACAGUGGGUGUUUGAAGAAAACUACAAGGGCGAGAAACUUACCGACGUCAUUAACCGAGAACACGAGAACCCAAAGUACCUGCCCGGUAUCAAAUUUCCUUCCAACGUUCGUGCCGUUCCUGAUUUGAUCGAAGCAUGUGAGGGCGCUUCUGUCCUCGUGUUUGUCCUGCCCCAUCAAUUUGUUCGAGGCGUUUGUGACAAGCUUCAGGGUCGCAUUGCUCCCACGGCCAAAGCGAUCUCACUCAUCAAAGGUCUCGAGAUCAAGCCGGACGGUGUCACGCUAUUUUCCGAGGAGAUUUCGCGUCUUUUGGGAAUUAACGUGGCGGCCCUGAGUGGCGCCAACAUUGCUAACGAGGUAGCCAUGGAAAGAUUUUGCGAAACUACUAUUGGAUGCCGGUCAGACGCCGACGGUCAGCUGUUUUUCAAACUGUUCAACACACCCUACUUCCGAGUCAAUGUGAUUCGUGAUUAUGUUGGUGUCGAAUUGUGUGGAGCGCUUAAAAAUGUGGUCGCUGUGGGUGCGGGACUCUCGGACGGAUUAGGAUACGGAAGCAAUACAAAGGCUGCGAUCAUCCGUUUGGGCUUGAUGGAAAUGCGAAAGUUUGGACAAACUUUCUUUGGGGGUGUCGAAGAUACCACCUUUUUUGAGUCGUGUGGUGUGGCGGAUUUGAUCACGACGUGUUCGGGGGGCCGUAACCGUAAAGUGGCCGAAGCGUUUGCGCAAACAGGCAAGCCGAUUGACGAAUUGGAACGCGAGUUACUAAACGGCCAGAAGCUUCAAGGUACAUUGACGGCGGAGGAAGUGCACUCAUUUUUGGCCGCACGCAAUAUGACCUCGGAGUUCCCAUUAUUCGAGACAGUCUAUCGUAUCAUUUAUGAAGGUGCCCCGAUUGAAUCGAUUGUGCGCGAUAUCUAAUUUGGAUUGUAUUUUCCUUUUUCUUUCUGUUACUCUUUUUUUUAUGUUCUCGAAUUUCUUUCUGUAUAUACCAUACAUCAUAUUUUGACUCCCUUGUUCCAAUGGAUAGACUAGACAAAGGGGUUGUUUCCCCCAUCAUAAUCAUUCCAAAAAAAAAA